CAGCCAGCGACCAAUUCCAAUCAUUGAAAACGCUCAAACUUAUCAGAAAGAAAGAAAGAAAGAAAGAAAUUGACUUUGUUACAACAAUUCGUCGUCAGCCCCAAAUCCCAAUUUCUUGAGGACUUGAUUCUUUGUUCUAAUAAAUGCCAACCUAAUCAUAUCAUUCAUAUACACAUCUUGUUUCAGUGUAUAUGAUAUAGAGUGCUGCUGCAUUCACAGAUUGAUUGAUUGAUUGAUUGAUGGGGAACGAUGAACAAUCCACGCCGCUGGAGGAAACUGUCCCGUCUGACUCAACUCCUAUUGAGACGACGGAGACAAACACAUCAUCUCCUCUCAACCCCUCCUGGUUCACUCCCAAAAGGCUGCUGGUAAUCUUUUGCGUGAUUAACUUGUUAAAUUAUGUGGAUCGAGGGGCAAUAGGAAGCAAUGGCAUAAAUGGGAAUAGGAGAACUUGCACGGAAAGUGGCAUUUGCACACCUGGAAGUGGAAUUCAGGGUGAUUUUAAGUUGAACAACUUCCAAGAUGGUGUUCUAUCUUCUGCUUUCAUGGUUGGACUUCUCUUGGCAUCUCCAAUAUUUGCAUCACUGGCAAAAAGUGUUAAUCCAUUCAGGCUAAUUGGGGUUGGACUAUCUGUUUGGACAGUUGCCGUUGUCGGUUGUGGUUUUUCAUUUGAUUUCUGGUCCAUCAUGAUCUGCCGUAUGCUAGUUGGUGUUGGUGAAGCUUCUUUUAUUAGUCUAGCCGCUCCAUUCAUUGAUGAUAAUGCUCCUGUUGCCCAGAAAACAGCUUGGCUGGGAAUGUUUUACAUGUGCAUACCAGCUGGAAUUGCAGUUGGUUAUGUAUAUGGAGGACUGGUUGGAGAUCAUCUUGGUUGGCGUUAUGCAUUCUAUGGAGAGGCUAUUUUGAUGUUCCCAUUUGCUAUACUGGGCUUUGUUAUGAAGCCUUUACAAUUGAAAGGUUUUUCUCAUGAUAAACCAAAGGCGACCUUAAGGGAAAUGUUGAAAGAACUCCCAAAAGACGAUGAGGCUGCUGAAGCUGGUGACGCGCUCAUGAGGAAGGAGUCCAAAUGUGAAUGCAUCAAUCUUUCUCAAUUAUCUUUGUUUCUGAUAGACAUGAAAGCGCUUUUGGUGGAUAAGGUUUAUGUUGUAAAUGUUCUAGGUUACAUAGCAUAUAACUUUGUGAUAGGCGCAUAUUCAUAUUGGGGACCGAAAGCUGGAUAUAAUAUAUAUCACAUGACCAGUGCAGAUUUGGUCUUUGGAGGGAUUACUGUUGUUUCUGGAAUAGUGGGAACAGUGGCUGGGGGUUAUAUUUUAGAUUACAUGACGGCGACAAUUUCUAAUGCUUUUAAGCUCCUCUGUACAGCAACGUUCUUAGGGGCGGUUUUUUGUUUCUCUGCAUUCUGUUUUAAAAGCUUGUAUGCUUUUCUGUUUCUUUUCGCUAUUGGAGAACUGCUGGUAUUUGCCACACAGGGUCCUGUGAAUUACAUAUGUCUACAUUGCGUAAACCCUAGCUUAAGACCACUGUCAAUGGCCAUGUCUACAGUCGCAAUUCACAUAUUCGGUGAUGUGCCUUCCUCCCCUCUGGUUGGGGUUAUUCAGGAUAAUCUUAACAACUGGAGGAAAACGGCUCUGAUAUUAACAUCAAUUCUCUUUCUAGCGGCUGCCAUAUGGUUCAUAGGUAUAUUCCUGCACAGUGUGGAUAGGUUUAACGAGGAUGCGGAGACAACAACCACAAGAAAAUCUAACACGACACCAUUGCUGGAAGAGAAGAAGACAGCAGCAGAAGAAGAAGCAGAAUCUUUGGUUGAGAGUUGAAACUUGGUAGUCCACGUCUAACUAUAACAAAUAAUAAUUUGAUCAAUUAUAUGUUUGUGCUGCUUGAAUAUGAAGAAAUCUUAUCUGUUUUAAUUGUAAAUAAUAAUAUCCCUUAUUACUGUUUUUCUGAAGUUAAAGUUGUAUUUUAACAAUAUAUCCCUUA